AUGGGCUCGAUUGACCGCUACAAGUUCGCGCAGGAACCGAUCCACCAGCCUCAAAGGAAACGGCUGAUUUGUAUUGGCGCCGGGCUUGCCGGCAUCGGUGCGGCGUAUCAGUACCAGCAACAGCUCGAGAACGUCGACUUCGUGAUCUACGAGAAGAACCACGACGUUGGAGGAACCUGGCUGGAAAACAGAUAUCCCGGCUGCGCCUGCGACAUUCCAGCCCAUGGCUAUACUUAUUCUUGGGAGGGAAAUCCGAAUUGGUCGAGGUUCUAUGUGUCUGCGGAAGAGAUCUUUGACUAUUUCAAAGGAUGCGCGGUCAAGUGGAACUGUAUGCAGUACAUCAAACUGUCUCACAGGGUGAUCGAGGCACGGUGGUCCGAGCCGAACAACCAAUGGUUCCUCAAGAUCGAGAAUUCAGCCGACGGGACAAUCUUUGAAGACCAAUGUGAUGUCUUAUUGAGUGCUACGGGCAUCUUGAACAAGUGGAAGUGGCCGGACAUCCCAGGGCUCUCUAGCUUCAAAGGUAAACUGUUACAUUCGGCCCGCUGGGACCAGGAAUACAACUUUGAAGGGAAAACGGUUGCGGUCGUUGGAGCCGGUUCCUCGGCUAUACAGAUCGUCCCCAGUUUGCAGCCAGUGGUGAAGAAACUGGUCAACUUCAUCCGUUCCCCGACGUGGAUCACUCCAGAAUUCAGCCAAAGUCUUGCCAAAGACGGCCGCGACACCAGGUUCACUCCGGAGGAGAUUGAACGGUUCAACAAGGACAAAAGUCACUUCCUCCAGUAUCGGAAACUGGUCCAAAACACGGGAAGCUCGAGUUUCUCGUUAUACUAUAAAGGCUCGGACCUUCAAGAACAGUCAAUGACCAAAUUCGCCAAUCUAAUGAGGGAAAGACUAGAUUACAAUGAAGAACUGUGCGAAAAAUUGAUCCCUAAGUUCGCUGUGGGAUGUCGGAGGUUCACUCCUGGAAACGGGUACCUCGAAUCACUGAUCAAACCGAACGUUCAGGUCGUCCUUACAGGGAUCGAAGAAAUCACGACAAACGGCAUUCGCGCUGCAGACCGUACAGAACAUGCUGUCGAUGCCAUCGUCUGUGCGACCGGAUUUGACUGUUCACACCGACCAGCAUUCCCCGUGGUCGGCCGCAACGGACUCGAUCUGGCCGAGUACUGGAAGGAGCAGCCCCGACACUACAUGUCGGUUGCGGCUCCUGGCUUCCCGAACUACUUCAUCCUCGGUGGACCGAAUAGCCCCAUCGCCAACGGCUCGCUCAUCUCCGGACUCGAAACGGAGAUCAGUUAUGCCUUUGCGUGCCUCCGCAAAAUGCAGACGGAAAACAUUGCCUCGAUGGACGUCAAGGAAGAGGCCGUUGAUGACUUUUUGGAGCACCGAGAUUCGUUGAUGGACGCCAUGGUGUGGAGCGGCGGAUGCAGGAGCUGGUACAAGAACGGCACGGUCAACGGGCCUGUAAUUGGUCCCUGGAUAGGGUCGACGUGGCACUUCAACGAAGCCCUCCAGACGCCGCGCUUCGAGGACUACAACAUGGUUUACUCGGCACGGAACCGCUUUGCCUACCUGGGCAACGGAAGAACCAUCGGCGAACUCACCGGAGCCGAUAUGACAGCAUAUAUGAGGGAACCGGGGGCGUGAGCACCAGUGCGGGUGUUCUCUGUGUCUGAG